UUUUAUUCAAUUAUUGAUUCAUUCGAUGUCUAUCUUCAAACGGAUAUAUCAUCAACGUGUGAUUACAACUCAAACAACCCUUAACCCAACUUCAAUGCAAAACAAAUUGUCAUUAGUAUAAGUUAUUCAUUGCCGGACGUUUACAAUGAAUUGGAAUCGCUUCCUAAUGCAAUUCAUGGUCUUCUUCAGCAUAUAUUUGGGUUCAACGCUAUUAAGAGUAGAUUUCGAGAGAAGACAACUAAAGACGCCAAAUUUCAUCAUAAAAGUCUACGUCAUUUUCGAAUGCCUUUCAUUUGUGAUAUACAUACCGUACACCGUUCUCUUUACCAUCCAACAGGUCCAGGUUUAUGUGACAAAUCCGGUGGCCAAAUAUGCCAAUCUACUGACACUGGUCAUGCGUCUGGUCAUCAUGUAUGUCUAUACCUUAACCCUACCCCGAAGAGAUCGGGAAAUAAGGCAAUGGUUCGAAUCGAUAUUGAAUAUCCAGAGCUCAUAUUUUGAUCGUUUGCGCGAUUUACCCAAAAAUACCGGACAUCGCAAGUGGUUGUAUGUAAAUGGCUGUCUGACAUUUGUCCACCUCACCACUGUGGUGGUGGACAUACAACGCAGUGUCUUUAGGAGGCAAUAUCAGAAGGCCAUUCAAUUAUAUCCCCUCUUGGGAAUGUUGGGUGUCCAGCAUUUGUUUAUGCUGCAACAUGCCAGCCUGCUGUGUUAUCUCCGUGAAUGCCUCUCCCAAAUUCACUAUCAAAUGCUGGCAAACUAUCAGGACCCAAAGCUAAGUUUAAUUUACUCCCAGCUCCGUCAAAAGAUAAUGCAGCUAAAUGAAAUCUACAGCCCCUCCAUACUGUGUAUACUCCUCUGCCUGAUCAUCUCCAACUCGAUGGUUGGUUAUGCCAUCUUUAUGAUUUUCCUGGUGCCACGACUAAAUAUUCAUCGCUAUGAUUACCUUUUCGGUGAUAGCUUCUAUCUCUGUGUUCUGCUACACAUGUAUUUGUAUUUUAUGAUCUGUGAAUGGGUUAUGACCAGCCUCAAAGAAACUCAGUCGAUUCUGUAUGAACAUAUCAAUUCGGGGAGCGAGGAAGUGGAAGAGGAGAUUAAAAAAGUCAGCCUGAGCUGUUGCAUAUAUACAGCGGAAAUAAACAUUUUCGGCAUGGUUCCAAUUAAUUUGAGAGCCUUAUUUUCCAUAAUUGCCCAAACGGUUUUGUACACAACAUUUUUGAUUCAAACUGAAAUGGAAAAUUACAGAAUUAAAGCAAAUUGA